AUGCUUCCCUCUAUCCCAGUCCUAGCCGAGUACGGCAUCUCGCCAACUCACGGCUUCCUCCCGGAUACUCUUCCCUUGACCCGUCUCCCGGAUCCAUACUACAACAAAUGGGAGGCCAUCGCCGCAAACCUCCAGGCUCUUAUCCUCAGCCGCAGACUGCGUGGUGUUAUCGACAGAUUACCAGUUCUGUCGACAAUCGGUCUCGAGCAUGACGCUGAGUGGCGACGUGCCUAUUCACUACUAGGCUUCAUGGCCCAUGGAUAUAUCUGGGGUGGUGAUUCACCAUCAGAUAGACUUCCUGCAUCUAUUUCCGUUCCGCUGCUGGAGAUCUCUGAGCAUCUGGAAGUGCCGCCUGUUGCGACGUAUGCUGCUGUUUGUCUCUGGAACUUUAAACCCCUCUUUGUUGACGAGGAUAUCGAUAACCUUGAGAAUCUCGCCACUCUAAACACAUAUACUGGAGCUCUUGAUGAAUCAUGGUUCUACCUUGUUUCAGUAGCCAUCGAGGCUCGUGGCGCGCCAAUUAUUCCUUUAAUGCUGACGGCCAUUGCUGCUGCUCGUCAUGGAGACAGUGCUGCCGUUACGCGCUGUCUGCGCACUUUCGCAGAGCGUCUCACAGACUUGACGAAUAUUCUUCAGCGGAUGCACGAGAGUUGCGAUCCUACCAUCUUUUAUCACCGAAUUAGACCUUUCCUUGCUGGAAGCAAGAACAUGGCGGAGGCUGGCCUCCCUAAUGGUGUCAUUUACGAAGACGGUUCCGGCACUGAGGAAUAUCGACAAUACAGCGGUGGCAGCAACGCUCAGAGCAGUCUGAUUCAAUUUUUUGAUAUCAUUCUUGGAAUUGAGCACCGUCCGACAGGCGAGCCUCGCGAUCCCUCUUCAGACAGCGAUCGAGGCCGUGCUGCAAACCGACACAACUUCAUCAUGGAGAUGAGACGCUACAUGCCCGGCCCUCACGCCCGCUUCCUCAACGACGUAUCCAACGUCGCCAACAUCCGCGAAUACGUCGAAUCUCACCACUCAGACAAACAACUCUGCCUCGCCUACGACGCCUGUCUCGCCAUGCUAAGCGCAUUCCGCGACAAGCACAUCGCCAUCGUGACACGCUACAUCAUCAACCCCUCCAAGCAAGUCCGCGCGCGCAGCCGCUCCCGCAGCCCCGAAGUAACCCGCAACAAGCUCAACCUCGCAGUCGCAUCGCGCAAGAACAAGGAGAACCAGAAGGGCACGGGCGGCACGGCGCUUAUUCCGUUCUUGAAGCAGGCGAGGGAUGAGACGGGCGAGCCGGCGGUUGAGGAGUGGACGAGGCGGUUUAUGAAGAGGAAGAUGCAGACGGAGGGGAGAAAUGAUUUCUUCUUGGGGAAGACGUUGCAGGAUGAUGUUAGUCUGACGGAGGAUGUGGAGAUUAAAGGUCUUGCUGGGUCGUGGACCAUGGACGAUGAGAUUGGUGGUAUUUGCCAGUAUUAG